AUGAACCACGUGAGCAUCAUUGUCAGUGGCGUCGACUCCCUUCCUGAGAGCGCUGACGCAAGCCCACUCAUUCACGCUGAAGAUCUCAAGCUAUACCUACCCUCCGAGCUUGCACAGGCUCAGCACGAAGUGGGCUGUCGUGGUGGCAUCAUCGAGAAGGAGCACCACUUCCACAUGGCUCAAGUCGAGGAUGCCCUGGAAGACAUUCGCCAUCUGCGUCGGAUCUAUGCCAGGCUUCUUGCCAAGUACAGGAUCAAUAUUGCCAGUAUGGGCAAGAAGGCAAAUACGUGCUCGAAGACGAACAUCCGUGUGUUCAACCUGAAGAUUGCCCUCACCAUUGCUCGAUAUCAUGACACUUGCCAUGCGCUCCUAGUGCUGGAUCCAGGCGGGGAGUGGAAGAUAAGGUUUCAAGAAUUUAAAGACGGAGAUAAUCGAGGUCCUGCAUGGGAGGAGAACGAGAGAAGUGAAGGCCACCACGAACCAUCGUGGAUUUGGCUGGUACCUUGUCGUACGUCUCGGGCGCCUACCACGUUGGCCCAGCAAGACCUCGCAUCCAUGCCAGAGCAAGCCGCUGUUGCCCAGGAAGACCCCACAUCUGUGCAAGACAGCACUGCGCCAGAGGACAAUGAUGAUCACUUGCAUGUCGAGUGGGCGAAGACUGUUGUGCGAGCAGAUCGGUGGGAGGAAGAAUGGAAGACCCUUGUCGAUGAGAUGCACUGA